CAUUCCAAAUUAAAGGAACUUAAAACCAGGUGAACGUAACAGUUGAAGAAAAAAAUAUUAUACCACGAUGGGAUCAAAGUACAAUAAAAAAGCCAAUUGCACAGCAGCAUUUAUAUGUGUAUUGUUUUUUACUCUCACCGAUGCAGCAUCUUUUAAUGUGAUGAACACUUUGUACCAAAACCUUACAUCUGGACAUAACAAAUACUUAAGACCUGAGGUAGAUCUUGACGAUCCUACAGUUAUUACUAUACAAUUUGUUAUAAUAAACUUACAUGAAAUAAAUGCAGUUGAAGGAACAGUUUCAAUGACUGGUUAUUUUGAUGUUGUUUGGACAGAUAACAGUAUGAUAUGGACUACAACCGAUUACGACAAUGCAUGGUAUGUUAUAUUACCAGCUGAUGCUAUAUGGAAACCUCCGUUGAUUAAUUCAAACAGUGCUAAAGAAUUCUCCAUUUUCAAUCCAGAUGAUUUAUCAUUGUAUGUACUUUAUGACGGACAAGUUAAAUGGCUUCCAGCACAAAACUUGAAGUUCACAUGCGAUAUUGAUAUUACCUAUUUUCCAUUUGAUACACAAGUGUGUUCUAUGCAAAUUAUAGCAUGGGGAUUUUCUACUUUCGACAUUUCUUUCAAUUCGCCACUUUCUACCGUUCAUACAUCAUCAUAUUCUACGAAUAGUGAAUGGGAACUAAGUAAAACGUCAGUUAAUGUAUCUAACACCAUAACACCAACGGUAACAUAUACCUUCCACUUUAAGAGACGUCCAAUGUUUUUACUCAUGACAUUGAUAAUUCCGGUUAUUUUUCUUGCACUUCUGAACAUCGGUGUUUUUCUGUUACCGACAGAGUCAGGAGAAAGGUUUGGAUUUUCAGUUACUCUUUUAUUAGCUGUAGUAGUAUUUCUCACGAUUGCACAAGGACUACUUCCAGCAUCCGCUGUACCGCGACUUUCUGCAAUUUGUGUAACUCUUAUGAUUGAUCUUGUUAUGAGUGGUUUAAUUGUAGGAUCCAUCAUCGUGAGCUCUAGAUUUUAUUACAGAAGUGAUGAUGAGCAAAUUCCGAAUUGGAUGAAGAAAAUCGUUUUAUACCAGCUUUGUUUCCGAGAAAAAAAUAAAGUUCAUGAUCUUGGAAAUGAGGAGAAAGUUGAUCAUUGCAUAGCAUUCAAUGGUGAUACAAAGAAAAUCACUUGGCAAGAUGUCUCAAAAACGUUUGAUACAAUUUCACUUAUAUUUUACAUUGUGGCAUUCAUUGCUGGUAAUUUAAUGUUCAUCAUUGAUGUUGCACAGGGAAUGGCAUAAGCGCCUGGAACGGACAGUUACUUAAACUUCAAAACCAGAUUGAAAGGACGUGACCAUUGUAUAUAUGAAUAGUGUUUGCAUUGAGACGAAACAAAUUAUAUUUUCUUUUUAAAAACUUAUAGUUUUGAAGCGUGCUUAUUGCCUUUUUGCCGCCUUGUAUCUAACUGGAAUCCCUUUAAAACAAGUGAUAUGGGCUGUCUUUUAAAAACUGCCAUGAAAGAAAAGUUUUUACACAAUAGUGAAGCCCUUUCUUUGACUUUGAAAUGAUGAUAUAAAACAGUAACUAAAGUGAUUUUCCCUUUCUGUUCUUUUUUUUUUCGUGUGAGCUCAGUGAUUUUGUGUCAUGAAUUGAUACCAAUUGGAUAAUGUUCAAUACAAAAAACGUACUGUAAUAUUGCGCGAAUUUUUCGAGAUUUCAUUAUAUUUACUUCUUUAACUGUAAAAAUAUAAUACAUUUGACUUAUUGCAUUGAAUAUUUCGAAAGCUCUCACUAAGGCAAUAUACAACAGUAAAUUUAAUGUCAUUCUUUAUAAAUUUAUAAAAGGAAAUAUUAAAAACAUAAAAGUUUCUAUGCUGUAGUUUGGCCACACCAUACUAGUCUCUAACGACUAUAACUGAUGCACAUUUUGUU